UCUCAAUGCAUUUUAAUUCUGUUGGUUGAGGAUAAUGAUAAAAAAAAAUUCUAUUUUUAAUUUAUUGUUAACCCUCACAGCUAUCAAACAACGAACAUUUUAAAAGAUCGUUUAAAAUCUAUAAAUUUUUAGACUCAAAAUUUUCAAGCGAGCUCCUAAAAGUCUUGGAAAUGCAUACAAGUAGUCUAAUACAUCGUCAGUUCGUCACCAUCCGACGUAUUUCGACAGAAGUACUACAAUGAUGAUCAGUUGGGUUUUCUGGCACGUGACAUAUUAUUAUUUAGCCUUUUCCUUUGUGAUUAGGAGGUCUAUUUAGAAGAAUAAUGUAAAAUGAAAACUAUAAGAGAAAAGGAAGAGAAGAGAAAGGUACAUGACCUAAGGUACCUUCUGACUCGCAAGCCGAAAGGUAGCUGUUAAUGCUACGAAUGGACACGUUUAAUUUGGUUUUCAUGGAUAUAUAUAUAGUGGCUGGUGAAUGAAUUGGGUGUAAUUUUAUUUACAAAAUUAUAAUCAAAUUUGUACAGCAAUUACAAACCAAUCAACACUUAAUUAAUUCGACAAUACUCAACCCAAAGAAUAUAUAUAUAUAAAUAAAAAGCUGAGUACGUACUAGCCCCAAGAGAGGAAAAAAGGCAGUGUACUGAAAUCACACUACAGAACAGUAGUCCUUGAAGAGAGGAGGAUUAAUACAUUACUGGCCGAGAGGGACUUUUUGGAGAACUCAGAAUCGCAAAACAUGGAGUGAGGGCCCCCCCUAAUAUAUCAACUUUGAUACAAUUUUUUUCAAAGCAUAUCAAUAUAUAUAUAUAUCAUUAAUUAAACAUAGUACCACUACCACAAAGCAAGAGAGAAGAAGAAAGAAAGUAAAAUAUGUAAAAUGAAUAAUUAAUGGUAUUUCCCGUCGGGGCCUCGAAAGGUGGUUGUGGUUCUACUUACGGAUUACACUGUAGAAAUGCACUUGAUUCACUAUUUGAAGUACUCUCGGCGCGUAGAUUACAUGUAUUAUUCAUUCUCGCCAGAGUCUAACUUAUUUUAUUGGUUGAUUUACGAUAUUUUUCACAUUUACCGAACCCAAACUUUAUACGAACAUCAAACAGGAGCGUCCGUCCUCGAUCUUUUCUAAACAAAAUAAUAAUAGAAAAGGGAAAUAGGGGUAUGAUAAAGGAUCUUCCUUGUUGGUGGGGGCUUAUAUAAAGGAAGGGUAAAGAGUAGAGCCUGCUGGGUGUUUGGCUAGCCUCCUUUCGAAAAGAGUACAAGCUAGCUUAAACUAGUGUUCAGUGUAGUAGUGAGGCAACCCAUUCCACUCUCACAAAAGAGCAGAAAAGAUAGAGAGAGAGAGAAAAGAGAGAAAGGGAAAGGUGAUUGCUCAUUUGCUCUUGCUCUUGUUCCUUGCUGUGUGUUGUUGAGAAAUGGAAGAACAUCUCAGCCCGUUAGCCGUCACUCAUCUGCUUCAACACACACUGAGGAGCUUGUGCAACCACGACAACUCUCAGUGGGUUUAUGCUGUCUUCUGGAGGAUCUUGCCCAGAAACUAUCCCCCGCCCAAAUGGGAUGGGCAAGGAGCGUAUGACCGGUCUAGAGGCAACAGGAGGAAUUGGAUAUUGGUGUGGGAAGAUGGAUACUGCAACUUUGCUGCAUCUUCAGCAACAGCAGCAGAGACCACCACCACUUCUUCUGCUUCUGGUUAUGAGUUUGAGCAGCAAUAUCAUCAUCAUCAGGGGCUGCAGCCUGAGCUCUUCUUCAAGAUGUCCCAUGAAAUCUACAACUAUGGGGAAGGAUUGAUAGGGAAAGUAGCAGCAGAUCACAGCCACAAAUGGGUACACAAGGAACCAAAUGAGCAAGAGAUCAACUUCUUGUCUACAUGGCACAACUCAGCUGACUCUCAACCAAGAACAUGGGAAGCCCAGUUCCAGUCUGGUAUAAAGACCAUAGCACUGAUUGCUGUCCGAGAAGGUGUUGUCCAACUUGGAGCUGUCCACAAGGUGGUUGAGGAUUUGAGCUACGUGGUAACGCUGAGGAAGAAGCUGAGCUACAUAGAGAGCAUUCCAGGAGUAUUACUGCCCCACCCUUGUUCUUCAUCAGCUACCCAAAUCCUCCCCAUGAGAAUGGACGGUUACGGUUACGGUUAUGGCGGCGGCGGAAACCACCCGAUGAUACCGCCUCCGCCGCUGCCUCACCACCACCAUGAAGCCGCGGCUUAUUACCAACUCACUGGCGGCGGCGGGGCAGAUCAUCAGCUGUACGUGGACCAUAACAGCGGCAGCCUCCUGCCGUUCAAGGUAGCUCCGUCGAUGAGCAGCCUCGAAGCCUUGCUCUCCAAGCUCCCCUCCGUCGUCCCGCCGCCGCCGCAUCAUGAGUUCAUGGGCGGAAUGGAGGAGACUGCCGCCGGGGGAGACCGUGAUGCUGGUGGUGGUGAUGAUGACCAACGGUAUGAUAUGGACGGGCAUCAUGAAGUUGGGGAAAGCAGCAGCUCAAAGACGACGACGACAAUGACGUCUAGUCACGGUAAAAGCAGCCAUCGCCGCCAUCAUCAUCAUCAUGAUGAGUUUCAUCUCCACCACCGUGAUUUGAAUGUCAACUGUGCUAGUACUACUACCACCAACAACAACGCUUAUUUUCAGUGAUUAUUCUUAUCCUCAUAUAUAUAUUGGGAUCUAGUUAGUGAGUGAGUGAGUGAGUGAGAAUAAGUAGAAAGUUGAUUAAUUAUGGAGGAUUCGCGCUAGCUGAAAAUGGCGGCUUAUCAUGUUCUGGUGCUACUGGACAUGCAUUUGAUUUCAUCUAAUUAAUUAAUGAGUGCCCUACCCUCUUUAUCUUAUCUUUUCUUUUUUGUAUCUUUUUUUGGGUUGGUUGAUGCUACCUACAAACUAAUGAUUGAUGACAUUAGUUUCAUCUUUUUUUGUUUAUUUAAUUUUCACUUAUUUUCAUAUUGCGGUAUAUGUGAUAUUUUGGUUUGGUUUGGUUCCGCCUUGCUUUUUUUUUUUCUUGUGUUUUCCCUCUCUUCUUUUAUAGGAUAUAUUUAUAUAUAUCUACAAGGAAAAUUUAUAGGGAGAAAAGCCGUUGGACUAAGAUCAGGUGACUAAGUGAAUUUUUUAGUUAUUUGAUUAAGUGAAUCUCAAUAUUUUCAUUUCAUUAAAAUAUAAAGGUUUUAAUUAAUUUAAUUUAAUGAAAGGCUAUAAAUUAAUUACAUGAUUAUUUAUGUUAUUAAUCAAAAUAAUAAUAAAUAAAUAAAAGUUUGGCUCGUCCCUCCCGCCCGGUCGUUGAAUUGUCGACCGCAUGGGUUUUUUUCCCGGCCUUUUUUCCCCCGGCAUCUCCCGCGUUACGCCGGCUGUUUCCUGCUCCGCCAGCCGUUUGGGGAAUUCCCGGCAGCGUGGGGGACUUGUUCCAAGCGACAUGGGGGAUUUUUUUUCCCCAACCUAUUUCUAGGAGUUCUCUACGAGAGAGAGAGAGAGGGGUGGAUUUCCGGCGAUCAGAGAAAGUGGAGGUGAAUUUUCCGGUGACAGUGUUGAAUUCGUGGUGUUUGUCGACCUAUUUUGUAAUGUUUAUAAGUCCAGUUUGUAUUGUUUAUAUCAAUUGGAUUUGUAUCGUUUAUCAUUCAAGUCUGUUAUUUUUGUCUAUUGUGUUUGUAAUGAUUACAUGACUAAUUUAUAUAUAUUUUGAUUUAUAAUAUUUGUUACUCUAUUUUGUAUACUUUACAUUCUAAUUUGUAUACUUUGUAAUAAAAUUUUCAUAUAUAUACAGAUGAUGAUAUAAUAAAAAAAUAUUUUAUUUUAUGAAAAACCUUAGCGGUAUGUUACAUGAAAUGAUGAAAAUAUAAACAAUAGGAGGAAGAAUGUAAAAUUGAAAGGUGUUUGAAACUAAAUGUUAUAAAUAUUUUAUUUGGAGAUUUAUUAUUAGUGAAUAAAAAUGUUGGUACCAAAAAAAAGGAGAGAAGUUUUUCUCCCUAGAAUAUAGACGGGUAGAAAAUUUAUGAAAACUUGGGCAUUUUUAGGAUUCGUAAAUAAACUCUCGUCGUGAGAUAUUAUUGAUUUAGAAAUCUAUAUAAAGUUCUGUUUUAAUAGUUUAAAUGAUUCAAAUGUCCUUCCUACAAACUCUCAUAAUGCUGCUGAAAGUUUCGAAUAGAGUGUGUUCUGACUUUUGAUAGAGAAUCUCCCAAAAGAUUAAUGUAAUAAUAUUUUUACUUUUAAUAUUAUCAUAUCAUUUUCGGUUUUGAAGUCCUGAUUUUGUCCUUAGUGUAUAUAGUAGAUGGGAAUAUGGGAUAAAUUCUUAGCUGCAAUCUACUACCACUAAAAAGUAUCUGUUUUCACCCAAAAAAAAAAGUAUCUAUAUUAUAAUUAUAUAUAUACCGCAAGGGAGGAGACAUAUAUUUAGGGAGCAUGCAUGGUAUGGUGUCGAUUGUUAUCAUCUUUUUAGGGUUUGGAUCCACAACCACAUCUGCUUCUUUUCACUUUCUUUCCCAAACAAGAAAAAAGGGCCUUUCUUUUAACCACUAUAUAUUAUCUUUAAUCAUCAUUCAACACCUUUUAUUAAAAGGUCUUAAUCACG